CCUCGCUUCAGCCCUAGUGCGCAUGCUCCGCGGGGCCACGGUUCUCCGACCGGCUGUGGUAGUGUCAGCUCCUGUGAAGGAAGUUUCCGCUUUGCACCCCACCCCGGAUCCCAAUUCGGUUGUAGGGCCGGCUCCCUCCGGCUCCACAUCAGCGCAUCCGGAUCAUGGGGUUACCCAAGGGGCCGGAGGGCCAGGGGCUCCCGGAGGUGGAAACAAGAGAAGAUGAAGAACAGAGUAUCAAGCUGACGGAGAUCCUGGAGCUCUUGGUUGCAGCUGGCUAUUUCAGAGCCAGGAUCAAAGGCUUGUCUCCUUUCGACAAGGUAGUAGGAGGAAUGACGUGGUGUAUCACCACUUGCAGCUUUGAUGUGGAUGUGGAUUUGCUCUUUCAGGAAAACUCUACAAUCGGUCAGAAAAUAGCUCUAUCGGAAAAGAUUGUCUCCGUCCUCCCAAGGAUGAAGUGUCCCCACCAGCUGGAGCCCCACCAGAUCCAGGGCAUGGAUUUUAUCCACAUAUUCCCUGUCGUGCAGUGGCUGGUGAAACGAGCUAUAGAAACAAGGGAGGAGAUGGGCGACUACAUCCGCUCCUACUCCAUAUCCCAGUUCCAGAAGACCUACAGCCUCCCCGAGGAUGAUGACUUCCUAAAGAGAAAAGAGAAGGCCAUCAAGACGGUUCUUGAGCUCUCGGAUGCUUACAAGCCCCGGCGAAAGUACAGACGGCAGCAGGGAGCCGAGGAGCUGCCGGACGAGGAGUCCCGAGUCCACUCCACACUGUUGGAAUAUGGCAGGAGAUAUGGAUUUAGUCGCCAGAGCAAAACGGAGAAGGCCGAGGACAAGAAAACAGCGCUUGCUGCAGGGUUGUCAGCUGCAGAGAAAACGGAUGCUCAUGAGGAAGAUGAACUCCAAGCAGCCGAAGAGCAGCGCAUUCAGUCCCUGAUGACCAAGAUGACCGCCAUGGCAAACGAGGAGAGCCGUCUCACCGCGAGCUCCGUGGGCCAGAUUGUGGGUCUGUGCUCUGCAGAGAUCAAGCAGAUUGUGUCUGAGUACGCAGAGAAGCAGUCUGAGCUGUCUGCUGAAGAAAGUCCGGAAAAAUUGGGGACUUCGCAGCUGCAUCAGCGGAAAGUCGUUUCCUUGAAUAAGCAGAUUCUGCAGAAGACCAAACACCUAGAAGAGCUGCAAGCCAAUCAUACCAGCCUCCAGGCCAAGUACAGUGACCGGAAGAAGACGCUGACAGAGCUGAAGGAUCAUGGUGAGAAACUAGACAAAGAGCAGGCAGCCCUGGAGAAAUUAGAAGCUAAAGCCGACCCGAGCAUUCUGCAGAGCCUGAGAGCACUUGUAGCCAUGAAUGAAAGUCUGAAAAGCCAGGAACAGGAGUUUAAAGCACACUGCCGGGAGGAGAUGUCUCGGCUACAACAGGAAAUUGAGACCCUGAAAGCUGAGAGAGCACCAGGCGAGAAGACCAUCUCCAGUGGAGAGCCACAGGGUGUCCUAAGCUCCACCAUGACUCACAAUGAGGACCUGGACAGACGGUACAACAUGGAAAAAGAGAAGCUGUACAAGAUUCGGUUACUACAGGCACGAAGAAAUCGAGAAAUAGCGAUUCUGCAUCGCAAGAUUGACGAAGUGCCCAGUCGAGCAGAGCUGAUACAGUAUCAGAAGCGAUUUAUUGAACUCUACCGUCAGAUUUCCGCAGUGCACAAGGAAACCAAGCAGUUCUUCACUUUGUAUAAUACCCUGGAUGACAAAAAGGUUUAUCUGGAAAAGGAGAUUAGCCUGCUGAACUCAAUUCACGAGAACUUCUCGCAAGCCAUGGCCUCCCCUGCUGCCCGGGACCAGUUUUUAAGGCAGAUGGAGCAGAUCGUCGAAGGCAUCAAACAAAGCAGGAUGAAGAUGGAAAAGAAGAAGCAGGAGAACAAGAUGAGAAGGGACCAGUUGAACGAUCAGUACUUGGAGCUCCUGGAAAAGCAGCGGCUCUACUUCAAGACUGUGAAAGAGUUCAAAGAGGAGGGCCGGAAGAAUGAGCUAUUACUGUCCAAGAUCAAAGCCAAGGCCUCCUGAAAACGCCAUCUCCAUAUCUGUAUGUCACUGAUAGUUUUUUAAUGACGUGUACAGACUACAGGAUCUUGACAUGGUUCUGCAGAUGAUGGCAGAGAGAUUCCAGGAAGAUUCAUUUCAGUUCUCUAGUUGGAUGUUUUCUUUCUCCUACGUGUUUCAUUUCGCCUCUCCUGGCUGCGGCUGGUGGACUCCGAGUAACACCAUGUGUGGAUAACACACAGAGCCCUACAAAGAACCGUGGGCAGUGCCCACUCACUCUGCCCAUUCAACUUCUAUUUCUUCAGUGACACUGCGUUUAUGAAGGUACCUGGAUGUGUGCGAGCCCUGAGCAUUAUGUUCAGCAAGUAUUGAGCAACUGCUAAGAAGUAAGCCCUGAAGUAAAUGUAGCAGAACUGCCCCUGCCCUUCUGGCAUCUAGCAGGGGCUCAGAGAACAGAUACAGCCCUCCUGUUCCCCAAGAGCUUGUCCCCUGAAAUGUUUCAGAAGGCUGCUGGAUGAGCAGCCAGCCCGUUCACCUACCGUUGUGCCUUUUGUUCUGGCUUGUCACAGUAAGUAAGGACUCUAGAGCAGAGCAAUUAGCCCACAGGUGUCGAGACAGAAGAGGCAGGGUUCAGGUAGACUAGAGUCCACCCAUUUGUAUGUGAAGAGUGAUACUAAGUGCCCACGAUGGGCUUUGGCAACAGGAACCCUUGGUCUGGAGGCACGCUUCUCAGGUACUUGCUCUGGUGUGGCGUGCCCUCAUGCUGCAUAUGAUCAAGGACAACAGUGAGGGUGGCUCCUGUGUAACUCCUUUAACUGCACACAGCCCAGGCUCACUUGAUGGAAAUGCACUUUUCAUUGAGGACACUUCAACAAGAAUUGAAGCUCUCCAUAUCCAGAUGGGCCUGUCCUUGUUGGAAGUGUCGUAUCCCAUGUUCUUGCACUGUCAGGAUUUCAAUGAAGAUGAAGAUGUAUCCGUUCUUGAGUACUGUCAGGUCCCACAAGGGGAAAGACCGUGGGUACUGUGCAUGGAGGAAAAGAAGGUAGUAGUAACAGGGGCAUGAAGGUUCCAGGGAGCAAACUGCACCUGAGCCGAAGGGAGCAGGAUGUAAGCGAGACGGGGAAGGAGGGCCUCUGUAACACCUAAAAGGUUGGCUUCAGCCUCUGGACAUGAGCAGACCAAGGCAAUGACAGAGCACCCCCAAGCCCCCAGGUAUCAGGAACCGAGCAGCUGGGCCAUGCUAGGUAAACCCCAGUUUGAGGUUUGUGCUCCCUUCUGCAUGAACUUAGCAUGCACAUGAACUGAACAGCAGGUUGGGACCAUUAAACAGAAGCAGGUGGGGCACUGGGCAGGCACAGAAGCACUUCUCAAUUUUAAUUUCCUAAAGUAUGAUUAAGAGGCAUGAGGCAUGCAUGCUGCUAGGAAAGAAGAGGUGCUGGGGCUCAGAUGGUGGAGUGCUGGCCUAGGUUCCAUCCCUAACAUCACAUAAAUAGACACGGUAGCUCUCACACUUGUGAUAGAGGCAGGAGGAUCAGGACAUCGAGUGUAUCCUAGGCUAAACAGUGCCCUGGAAACCAGCCUGGCCUACGUAAACUCUGUCUCCCACCACAAAAGAAAAGCCGGUGCAGGCAUAACAAGACCAUCAGUUGCUAAGCCAGGCCACAGAGCUGUGGUGAGGUGGGUAGGAACAGCAGUACCUAAAGCGCCACUGCCCUGUGCCAGCAUCACAUGGACACUCCUCCUAGUGAGCCACAUGUGCGCUCUACCCCCACGGGGACCUGCGUGGUCAAGGGAGCAUCGGGAAAAGACUCCACUGAAAUAAACACUGUAAAAUAAUAAUAAUGAAAAUCAAGUAGCUCUUGAGGGGGAAGACAACCAUGUUAGAACUAUCCCAAUCCAGAGGACAGGAGCAUCUGUAUGUGUCAUCUUGGGAAGACGCUCUUCCACCCAGGACUUUGGCUAAUGUCAGGCUUUGAACAGAGGCGUAGGGAGGGAAGUGGGAGCAGGUCAGGUUCAGGGUCAGUGGAGUCCCCUGUCUAUGUCUGGGAAAGGUAUGGAAUAACUGAUCUAAAGCAACUAUGACUGGUUUUGGAAAAGGGACCCUUUAUUUGGUGCUUUUUCUAGAGAGUUUCUUUUGGUGUGGUUGUAGGCAUGAUCAACUUACAGGCUACCUGUAGCCGAGGAUGGCUGUGAAUGUGGCCCAACACAAAAUUGCAAAGUAAUUUAGAACACAGAUAUUUUCCAUCUCUUAUUUUUUGUAAACUCCAUUACACUGUGUACUCUGUAAACUUGUAGAUGGCAGUGUCGUGUUGUAAAAUCAUAAGGUUGGUCACUCCUGGUAGAGAGAGAUUGGGUUGGUGACUCUUGGUAGAGAGAGGUUGGUGGAUCCUUUGUCCCACUCCUUAAUCCACAAGGCCUAAUAGAGAUGAUUGAGAGGUUCCUGUUACUCGUCCCACAGUACCAGGUUCGACCUCCCUCCUGAGGAGCAGGCAGCAGAUCUAAACAGAAUGAGGUGAUUGACCCGAACCUCUCUCUGACUCCAGUGCUCUCUCUCGUCUUGCCUGGUGGGUUGGUAUUACAGUCUGCAAGUCCAUAGCUCGGUAAGACUGUUGCUGGCACCGUCACCCCAGCUGCCUGUGCAGCGACAUUUGACACUGUGAAAGCUAGCCAGCAGAGGAGAGGCUUCGAGCUCAGACCCAGCCUGAUUUCUCUGUCCUACAUUCAAAGUAUGUGGUAUCUAAAGCAGUAAUGCCUCCCUGUCGGGUUCUGGUAAGCACUGGUGAGCAGUGGCUAGCCCUUGAGGCUAGGCUGUGCUAGUCUUUGAAUUAGACCACAGAAGCCAGCCCUGAGAACCCUACAUUGGCAUCAGACAUCCCGGAACAUAGAGAGCACCUUCAUCGGUAAUUCCAGCAUGAAGUGGGUUGCACAAUCUGACAUUAUCAGGGGCUGAGGGGACUCCCUGAGACCCCCCUGGUCAUUUCAGAAUCCACGUGGAGGCUGGUGGAAGGGAGGGGCCUCCCAGGGCAGUGUCUUCUGUACCCAGACAUGGUAUAGCAUUGUGUUCAGAGCCUGCUGGCUUUCGCCAGAAUUGUAAGAUGGCGGGGAAGCAUCGGUAGGUGACUCUUUUUUUUUUCAGUGUGUCCUUUAAGAGAAACCAGAUUCAGAGCAGAGAGCUUGUUCACAGGACUGGCUCGCAGCACCAUGCAUUCUUAGGACCAGCCGCUAGGUCAUGUGCUUUUCAUGAAGUUCCCGAGGAUGCUCUGGUGGAGACCAAGCUUGGAGCACCUGCGAGCAGGGUGAGACUGAGGUGAUUGAUGGUGGAAGAUCUGGGAGGAUGCAGGGACAUUCUGCUUCUUCAUGCUCAGGGGUCAGUCAGCCAGCACCACAGGGGCAGUGGCGAGUGCUACAGAAUAUCUGCCAACCUGCAUCCAAAGGCGCUUCUGUAAUGAAGCAGAGCCCAUGUCGGGCGUAAGCUCCUGCUAGCCUGGCCUUCUGGAUCCGAUUCAGGAACAGUGGAGACACAGGCACUGCUCACCAGGAAAGCCUUUCCUUCUCCAGACUCUUUCUGGGAGCCCUCUCAGAGCUUUGAGCAGAGCAUGGGGCAGGCCUUCCAACAGCUCUCUUCCUACCUCCCAAGGUGCCGUUCCUAUCCUUUGUCACUUUGGCAAGCUCUUGUCUUUCUGUCUUGAAUGUGUAGAAACUACGUAAAGGGGUGUCUGAUGCGCCCAGCCUGACCUGCAGCCGCUCCACGCCUCCCUUCUGCCAAGCCCCUUGGUUCUGUCUUGCCUGUUCUCCAGGUGAUGGAUAGUCAGUUUAAAGGAGCUGGGCAUCCUAGCAGUAACUUCCUACAGGGACUUUGGCUCGUGAAGGUUCGGGCAGUUGAACUGAAUUAUGCUCUGAGAAGUACCAUCAGAAAGUUUUUUUAUGCUGUGUUUGUUCAUUGCUGGGGCUGGUCACUAAGACACGGAAGACCCUAAUACAGAGCAGUGCAAUGAAGAGCCCGGUAACAUGGAUGAUGGAUUGUCUGUUGCAGCUGAGCAUGGCCAGAGGAAGAGCCUUCCGAGAUGCAGCUUAAAGCAGGUGGCAGUGGGCCCAAAUGCUGUGUAAAAAGUAAUGGAGGGCCAGGGAGACGUCUCGGUCGCUAAAGCGUGAGGACCUGAGCUAGGAUCCCCAGCAUCAGAGCCACACGUAGCAGCAGUGUGCUCUUGUAUUCUCAGCCCCAGAGAGGCAGAGACGAAAGGAUUCCUGGGGCUCACCGACCAGCCUGUGUCCUACAAUGAAAAUGACAUCCGAGUUGACCUCUGACCUUCACAUGCACAGGCACACACAUCCCCAUUUACAUAAAGGAACAUGCAUAUAAAAAAAAUAAUGCAUGUUUUCCUUCUCAGAAUCACUAUAAGGUUGUGAGCGGGGCUUUAGUGCCUCAUCCGCAGUGUGUUUGACACCAUAGGGAGUCACUGCUUCUGUAUCCUCAUCAGCCUGUAUCAAUUUCCCAGACAGCCAAGCUUAACCUCCAUUGACACUCUCCUUGUGUGUCUGUCCUAAUGACACAUGUCACUGCUUAAUGUCCCUGAUCCUUUGCAAAGUCUACAUCUUCCCUCUUUGGAAUGUGGAAGGGCAGUAGAAGCAGGGACCCUCCCCACCUCGCUGUGGUUCAUCAGACAGAACAUUGCACUUGGUUAAGUUGGCUCCCCAAACUGUUAUCUUUGCAUCCUAAAGUAGCAAAAUCUAGAUCUAACCUAGUCUACGCUCAGGUUUAAACAGACUGUCAGUUCUAGUCAGCAGCACUAGAGAAGCCCUCUAAAGCGUGUGUUCAUUAGUCGGUAACCUCGAAGGAUGGAACAGAAAAAGAGUUUUCUAGACGUUUCCAGGCUUUAACUAUGGUAAGACCACCUCUUGGAGAUGUGCAGUAUUGCAGCAGGGAAGACAUUAAUGUCAAAUAGGAUCAUGAGUGUGUUCUUCCUUCAGACGUGGUAGGUGGAUCUUAGCCACGUGAUUGGAGAAAACGGGUGGUGCUGCAGAGCUGUGGGUAGCAGCGCACCAUGCAGUACAUGGCAGAGCUACAAGCCUACAGCCUCCUUGGAGGACAGUUGAAUAGCAUCACGAAUCUAAUUGUACCGCCUUUUGAACCAGCAGUGCCACACGUAGGAACUUUUCUUAUGUAUAGAAGCUUUUAUUAAAGUAACAUUUGUAAUAACAAAAGGUUUGAAACUACCAUUAAUUCAGAACAGAGGUGGAAAAAUCCUGGCCCAUCUCUACAAUGGGACAUUUUGCAGACACUUAGAAGAAUAGCCCUGCUCUGUGUACUGCCGAGGAGCAAGCGGUCAAGGGAUCUUGGAGCCACAUGGUUAAGUGGGGGAAGAAAACAUGCAUGAACAUGCAUGAAGUGCAAGUGUUUGGGAUAGAGAUGAAUACAUGUAGGUGUGUGGAUGCGUAUGUGUGCGUGCACAUAUUCAUACACAGGCCUGUGAUACGUCUGCUUGCCGGUCCCCAGACUGUCUCUGAGAAGUGACACAGUAGCCUGGCAACCUCAGUUGCCGCCUGAAAGAGGGUGGAAAUGACUUUUCACCGUUUGCCUUUUGUACUCUGGAAUUUUGUACCGUGUACAUGCAUUAUCUACUCAAAAAUAAAUAGUUUUUGAAGUUUAA